UCUCUUUCUCUGCCUCUGUGUAACCAUGCAGAGGCGAUUCAAGCAAACUCUGUGUUCCUUGAAAGAGCACACCUCUGUAAGCUAUGCAAAAGUGGCCACUUUUGGAGGCUUUUGCGAUAUUGAUCUCAUCGUUGUCAAAGCAACUGCGCCUGAUGACUUCCCAUUACCUGAAAAAUACAUACACGAGCUUUUGAAGAUCUUCUCCAUCUCUCCUUCGUCUUUUCACUCUUUUUCCAUUAGUUUCACCCGCCGUUUUGGCAGAACUCACUGCUGGAAAGUUGCACUCAAAUGUCUCCUUCUCCUCCACCGCUUGCUCAGGUCUUUGCCUGAGUACAGCCCUUUUCGAGCUGAACUUUUGUAUGCUAGAUCCAACGGUAUUCUGUCUCUCUGCCCCUGUCAUUUUCGUGACGAUUUUUCCUCGAAUCCGGAGGAUUACACCAUGUUAAUUAGAUCCUAUGCUCAGUUGCUCCACGAAGCUCUUGAUUGCAUUUUCUUGGACAAGAAGGUAACAGAAGAGCGAGAGGAAGAGGAAGAAGAAAAAGAUAUGCCGAAGAGCUUACAAGAAAAAAUGAAAGAAGCAAUUGGGAUUCUUGAAGUUCUGCCGCUGCUUCAAAGCCUAAUAGAUCGAGUGAUAGACUGUAGGCCAACAGGAGCUGCUGCUAGAAGCUUCAUUGUCCAAUCCGCCAUGAAACAUAUCAUUCGCGAUAGUUUCAUCUGUUACACUUCCUUUCGGAAGGAAAUUGUUUUGGUUUUGGACAACCUGAUUCAAAUGCCAUACAGGAGUUGUAUAUUAUCCUUCGGGAUUUACAAGAAAGCAGCCUUGCAGGCGGAGCAGCUCUGCGAAUUCUAUGACUGGUGCAAGGCAAAGGGGUUGUGUGGCUCUUACGAGUACCCUUUCAUAGAAAAAAUUCCUGAGAUACAGAUUCGAGCUCUCGAGACUUUCCUCAAUGGGAUGUGGCAGUUAACAGAGUCUUCUUCGUCUGCUACCUCUCCAUCUUCCUGGGUGGAGUCUAAUAAAUCAAGUUCGACUGAAGAUGAUGAAGCAGACAAUAAUAAGCAAAUGGUUAGGUGGGUGAAAUCUGAAGAAAAUAAUGGUUUAUUUCGAAGAAAGAUGGAGGAAAAUGAGGAAGAGAUGGGUCCAUUGAUUCAAUUAGAAGAUAGUGAAAAUGAUAACUGGGAGGUCCUGCUUGAUGCUUCACUUAAUCUUCCAAGUAUUCCUAUCAACAACUACUCGAUAAACCCUACUGGAUUUAGCAAUGGCUAUGGAUGUGAGGUUCUUGGAAAAGACUCAAACGAAGAAAAGAACAAUCAAUGGGAGAUGCAAGUAUAUAAUCCUAAUAAUGCGUUCAAUCCGUUUUGUCAGCCUUAUUAUUGCCUGCCAAAUUGCACCGAAUGGAGCAGUGCGAGUAAUCCUGCAUGUCCAUGGAGAUUGUAGAAGAAGACAUUAAUCCAUAGCUUUUGGAGAGUGUGAUUCAGUAAAACAUAUCAUUAUAACCAAGAAUUGGCUGGAGAUUAGUUUACUAUGGUUGUUUUUUUAUCAAUUUAGGUCUGUC